AUGGCGUCCUUUCAGCUUCCCAAGAUUGCCGCGGACGACGCGGUGUGGGGCCCGCCGGUAGGCACGAGCGCCGCGCUCGCGCUUCCGGAGGAGUUCCAGCAGAUCCCCUUUGCGCCUUUCUCGAAGAACGACCGCAUCGGCCGCAUCGCCGACUGGAACACGUCGGCCUCGACGAGCGACGACCGCAGCGCGGCGAGCACCGUGUCGGGCCGCAGCACGCGCAACACGCGCGGCGCGGCGCCGGCAUACGGCACGGGUGCGCCGGUCAACACCUUUGCGUACUUCCACGCGGAGGACGAGUCGAGCUUUAGCGUCGUCGACAACACGCGCUCUGCCGCGGCCCGCCGUGGUGCGGCGGGCGGUGCGGCGCGUGGCGGCCGUGGCGGCGCGGCGGCCGGCGGCCGCCAGGCGGCGUUUGGCCGUGGCGGUGCGGCGGCGGCGGUCGCGAGUUCGCGCGGCGGCCGUGGCGGCCGCAUGGCGCCGGCGGCCGCCGCGCAGCGCGGCGUGCGCCGCGGCGGCUACCGCGACUGGGAGCGCACCCAGCGCAAGGCGCGCGAGGCCUCAAUCACUGCUGGCCCCGACUGGGAGCAGCUCAGCGAGAUGGACUUUGCGCGCCUCAACAAGCUGCGCAUGGAGGUCGAGGCGCCGGAGGAUAUUGCGUCGUACGGUGCGCUCUUCCCGUACGACCGCACGUACGACCGCACGAGCGUGCGCUUCGAGCGCCCGCUGCAGCCCCGUGACCGCGUGCACUACAACCCCACGACGAGCGACGACCCGGUGAUCCACGAGAUCGCGGAGCGCCCCGAGAACAAGGCGCAGGUCUUUAUGACCGACUCGAUCCUUGCGCUGCUUAUGUGCUCGCCGCGCUCGGUGUACCCCUGGGACAUUGUCAUUACCAAGACAGAGGACGGCAAGAUGUUCUUUGACAAGCGUGCCAACGGUCCGUUUGACUUUGUCACCGUGAACGAAAAUGCGACCGAGCCGCCGAUCGAGCUGAACGACCCUGCGAACGGCCCGAACCCCGAGUCGAACGUGCGCGCGCGCAUCAACACGCCGAGCGCGCUCUCGCUCGAGGCGACGUUUGUCAACGAAAACUUUGGCUUCCAGGUGUGCGACGAAAAGAAGCCGGUCAAGAUGCAGCACCCCAACCCCUUCCACACCGGCGGCGCAGAGGACGGGCAGCUGGCGAGCUGUGCGUACAAGUACCGCCGCUUCAACCUCAGCACGGAUGAGGAGGACCCGGUCGAGAUGGUCGUGCGUACCGAGCUCAACGCGUACGUCGCGGGCGCCACGCCGAAGCAGCCGCCGUCGCAGUACAUCACGAUCCGCACGCUGAACGAGUUCGACCCGCGCGCGGCGGGUGCGGGCGGCGCGCCGGACUGGCGCACGCGCCUCGACCAGUCGCGCGGCGCGGUCGUCGCGACGGAGAUGAAGAACAACUCGUUCAAGCUCGCGCGCUUCACGGUGCAGAGUAUCCUCGCGGGCGCCGACAACAUGAAGCUCGGCUACAUCUCGCGUGCGAACCCGCUCGACCCGUACCGCCACGUUAUCCUGGGCACGUCGUGGUUCAAGCCCAAGGACCUCGCUGCGCAGAUGGCCUACUCGCUCGCCAACGGCUGGGGUAUUGUGCGCACGAUUGUCGACUUGGUGCGUGGCGCGCCGGCAGGCAAGUUUGUGCUGGUCAAGGACCCCAACCGCCCGAUCAUCAAGUUCUACCAGGUGCCGUUCGACUUUGAUCAGCAGGAGGACGAGGAGGAGGAGCUCGAGGCGGAAGAGGAGGAGGCCGCGGACGUGGCCGCGGACAUUGAGUAG